CACAGCAUGGGGACUGCGGGCGCCGCCAGCUCCGUGGUCGUCCUGGGCGUGCUGUGCGCCGCGCUCGCCUCGGUGGCCGACGUGGCCGUGCUCAAGUCCGCCCUGCCCAACAAGCCCUUCAUCAAGCCAGGGAUGUACCCGUUCAUCGCCACGGUGCAGAAGACGUGCGGGGCGUGCCACACGCGCCAGUUCUGCGCGGGGGCCAUCCUGGCGCCGCAGUGGGUCAUCUCCAUGCCGCAGUGCGCCGAGACCCACCCCGGCGAGGGCCUCCUGGUGCGGGCGGGAGACUCCUUCAUCUGGCCCGGGGACCACACCCCGACGCAGAAGGUCAUCGAGGUGGUGUGGCACGAGGCUGCGACGUCAACGGACGACUACCCCAAGUACGACGUGAUCCUGAUGCGCCUGGAGAACAGCUUCCAGUUCGGCGAGAACAUCAACGCCAUCGCACUUGCGCCACCCACGCACCCCGCAGAGGGCGCCCUGUCCAUGGUGGGCUGGACCACGCCGGGCCACGCCGAGCAGGUGGAGCUGAACGUGACGCACGGCACGGUGCGCGGCACGGAGGAGUGCCAGAAGAUCGCGCCGCAGGAGGCGCUGCCCGCGGACACCCUGUGCGUGCAGCCCGUGGAGCCCCUGCCGGACCGCUGCGGCUACGACCUCGGCGACCCGGUGUUCGUGGAGGCGGAGCAGCCGCUGCUGGUGGGGCUGCUGAGCCGCUGGUACCUGCCCUGCGUGCCGGACCGGCCCGUAGUGGCUCUCAAGAUCAGCUCCAUCUACGCCUGGGUGUACGAGAAGGUGAACCCGCCGCCCGUCACGCCCAGGCCCGCGCACUCCACGGCGGAGGCCACCACCACCACGACGGCCGCCACCGCCUCCACGCCGACGACCCCCUCGGCCGCCCCGACGCACUCCAGCCCCACGGGGUCCUCCACCUCGACGCCGCCGCGGCCCGCGUCACACGUCAAGCCCAUGACGGUGAGCAGCUCCUCGGCGUCGGGCGCGCUGUCCAACACGUCGUCCACGUCGGACGCGGCGCUGCUGGCCGGCCACAUGGAGUCCAGCCUGUCGUACUCGCUGGGCACGGCCAGCGUGGACGCGGCCAAGCCCGCGCUCGCCAACUCGGUGAGUGUGGGCUGGGCCAACUGCCGCGACAUCGGCGGCGCCCUGGGCAUGUCGUACGCCCUGGCCUACUCCUUCAUCGGCGAGGGCGCGGCCACGGCGGCCAGCACCGUCAACGCCACCUGCCUCGAGAUGAACGCGGUGCAGUCCCAGGGCUGGAGUAUCAGCACCUCGGGCGGCUCGGCGCCCGUCAGCGUCCGGGCCUUCGUCAUGGAGCACCUGGCCUCCAUCCCGGGCCUGCCGCGCCAGCCCACGCUCAAGUACCUGUAGAGCCGGCGGAGCCCCGGCGUGUAGACAAGAAUAAAG